UCUAACAUAACUAUCUUUUCCAUUUCUAGUUACUCUCGUCAAUGUCAUAAAUAGUCCAGUAGUUCCAUAUUCAGCUAACAAAGCUUAAGAAGAAGAGCUUCAAAAAGAAGCACUCAAUACACUACAAUCAGAGCUCAAGAGAGAGAGAGAUAGAAAGAGAGAAAUGAUGUGUAGCUUGAAAAUGGUCUCUCCACGGCCUCCAACGACUCAAUUCGGGCUGCAGCGGCAGAUAACAACGAAUGGAGAUGGGUUCCCAACAUUUCUUCCGAAGGAGGUAAAAGACAUAAAAGAUCCAUUCGCAAGAGCUCUGGCUCAAAAGAUUGUACGGAUUCCAGUUCCUCUUCAGAUGGAAAACUUUAGAGGCUGUGUAAUGAGUAGCUGUAUCAAACCAACUGUUCAAUUACCGGACAAAAGUCCUGUCGUUCUUCUUCAUUGUUUUGACAGUUCGUGCCUUGAAUGGAGACGUGCGCAUCCUCUGCUUGAGGAAGCUUGUCUUGAGACUUGGGCUAUUGAUGUUCUUGGUUGGGGCUUCUCCGAUCUACAGAAACUUCCACCAUGUGAUGCAGCAUCCAAGCGACAUCAUCUAUUCGAGCUUUGGAAAACAUAUAUCAAACGACCAAUGAUUUUAGUUGGACCAAGCUUAGGAGCAACUGUAGCUGUUGAUUUCACUGCUACUUACCCUGAAGCUGUUGAUAAACUGGUUCUCAUUAAUGCGAAUGCGUAUUCAGAAGGAACCGGUGCUCUUAAAGAUUUACCAAAAUCAAUUGCUUACGCUGGGGUUAAGUUGUUGAAGUCAUUUCCUCUUCGCCUUUUGGCCAACGUGUUAGCCUUUUCAUCUCCCUUGUCAGAGAAUAUAGAUUGGACUAAUAUUGGCCGGUUACAUUGUCAAAUGCCGUGGUGGGAAGAUGCGAUGGUCAACUUUAUGAUUAGCGGAGGCUACAAUGUUGCUUCACAUAUCAAACUCAUCAACCACAAGACGCUCGUUAUAUGCAGUGAGAAUGAUCAGAUUGUUAGCAACCAGCUUUCAGUUAAAUUGUUGUGUGAGCUACAAAAUGCGGUUUUCCGGGAAGUACCAGAUUCCGGUCAUCUUCCACAUGUUGAGAACCCUAAACAGUUUGUGAAGCUGAUAUCGGAUUUCGCCAGUGGAAAGCUUAAUUGAUUCUAAUCAAGUGGCUACAAAGAGGGAGUUGUCACCUUAUAUACUAUGAAAUAAAUACAAAUAGAUUAGUCUAGCUUGGGCUUGGGAUGGCUAUAGAAACAUCUCUGUUAUUAUUUUCGUAAGCUAAUUAAGAGAAUAUUCAAUA